AUUUUUGACGGCUUAUCGGGCAGCACGGUGUGCGACGGCCGACGACGGGUCGGUGACCGUCGGCAUUCGACAAUUUCAGACAGUUGAGACCAGUUCAGUAGUCAGUACUUCAGUCGCCUGCAUGCCGUCUUACAGAAAGGAAAUGUGAGAUCAUCAUUCAUAAUCCAAGUGACCAAGUGAAUCCAAAGAUUAUCGUGUUGGACUGACUAACAGGCUGGUUCAAGAUGAUAAUAUUUUCGAUCUACCAAAUUGUAAUAUUGCGUUUUGUUACAUGGAAAUAACGGAAGUUAAGGAUCCGAAACAAUCAUGGUGUAUUCGUGUUCAUUUCUCCACUGAUGCAUCACAUCUGUAACAUAUUCUGUUCUCGUCUGUUUGCGCGCCUGGCUGUAUCCGAUCAAUUGUAACUUUAAUUUUUGAGCACUUUGGUGGUGAACAGUGGAGUUACCACCUACCUAACCGUUGCGUAUAGUUGAGCGUGCAUCGGCGGCCAAUAAUGCAUUUUGAGUGCGGGUAUAUCGUAUAUGAGACGAGUUCAAGAGUGUUCAGACGAUUCAUUAAUUUUUCUUUUGUUCAUUUGUCCACUGACGCAUCACAUCUGUUCCCCGUCGCCUGGCUGUAUUCGAUCAAUUGUAAGAAAUGGACUAUCACCACCACUGUGGAGUGUCCAAGGUAAACAAAAGAUACCAACAACUCAAUACACAAAAGAAACUCAUGAAAGUAGCAGAAAAUAUUGGAAAACAUUGUUUAUAAAUGUCCGAUAUAUGGUGCAGAUGUACCUGGAUCCAUUACGGAUAAUGAUGUAGAUAUAUGAAGUGAAAAACUGGCAAUGUACCAAAAAUCAUGAUCCUUAGACUAGAAACGUUAUGUAGAAUUCGUGCAGUCGGGGAGCUCAUAGAACUGUGAAGGAAUAACGGAGCUAUGCGAGGAUAAUUGACAGACGGCGCCAACCCUGAUUAAAGAGUACACUAGUCGACGUUUAAUAGCAAAGAAAAGAUUAGAAUUUCUCUACUGAUGCUAACGAUUAUGGAAUUCUUAGAAAAAAUGUUAGAUCAAAGGACUCGGUAAGGGAAAAUUGUGUACUUUCCUAAAGUGGGAAGGUUAUAUAGAUAAUGAAAAUUCAUGGGAACCAGUUACAACCGUUACAAAGUUAGAAACAAUUAUUGAUGUGGCUUUCCAUAGAGGCCAUAUACUUUUUUUAGUCAAGUGGCAAGGUAUUGGAGAGCCGCACUUAUUUUUUCCAAUAAAUUAAAUAAAUGGUACUCACAAGAGGUUAUCAAGUUUUAUGAAAAAAGAACUAUUAAAAUAUAUAAGUAAUAUUGAAUAAUUUAUUCUGUAAUAACUUUAUAUCCUACCAUUCUUAUAGUAACAGGCAAUAAAAAUCAUGAUCUUUAGACCAGAUUGGUCUGAAUUUCAAGAUUUUAAACGCUAUGUAGAGUUCAUGGAGUCUCUGGGAGCUCAUAGACAUGGUAUUGCCAAAGUGAUUCCACCAAAACAAUGGACUCCCAGAAAAGCCAGUUAUGAAGACAAUGAUGUAAUGAAUAUGGUUAUCCCUGUUCCACUCUGUCAAAAUGUCCAAGGUAAACAAGGGGUAUACCUACAACAUAAUACAGAAAUGAAACCUAUGAAAGUAGCAAAAUUAAAAAAAUUGGCCAACUCUCCAGACUAUAAAACACCUCUUCAUUUUGAUUAUGCAGAUCUUGAAAGAAAAUAUUGGAAAAACAUUGUUUAUAAAUGUCCGAUAUAUGGUGCAGAUGUAUCUGGAUCCAUUACAGAUAAUGAUGUGGAUGUAUGGAACAUUAACAAAUUGGGUACAAUUUUGGACUAUAUAAGUGAGGAUUAUGGAAUAAAAAUUGAUGGAGUUAACACAGCUUAUCUUUAUUUUGGCAUGUGGAAAACAACAUUUCCUUGGCAUACUGAAGAUAUGGAUUUAUACAGUAUAAACUAUCUUCAUGAAGGAAGUCCAAAAUCAUGGUAUGCAAUACCGCCAGAACAUGGCCGACGCUUCGAAAGAUUGGCCAAUAGCCUUUUUCCUGCAGAUUUUUUAUCAUGUCCAGCAUAUCUUAGACAUAAAAUGUCUGUUAUAUCUCCACAAGUUUUGGCAAAAAAUAGUAUUCCAUUUGACAAAAUAACACAAGAAAAAGGAGAAAUAAUUAUAACUUUUCCUUAUGGAUAUCAUGCUGGAUUUAAUCAUGGUUUUAAUAUAGCUGAAUCCACUAACUUUGCAUCAGCCCGUUGGAUAGAAUAUGGGAAAAGAGCUCAACUGUGUAAAUGUCGAAAAAACAUUGUAAAAUUUAAUAUGGAUACUUUUGUGAGACGUGAACAAUCUGAUAAGUAUGAAUUGUGGCUUAAAGGAAAUGAUAUAGGUUGCCAUCCAGAAGACCCUAGUCAUCGGAUGUAUCCAGCACCUAAGUGUUAAUUGUUUAUUUAUUUUAUAUGGUAGUUAAGUUUCUUUAUAGCAAAUUAGUUAUGGACUUAAGUAUUUAAAUAACUAUAAAAUUUAAUAUUGAAAGCAUUAUUUCCAAAAAAGCCUUGUAUACUUAAUAUAGUACAAAUUAUAAAAAUUAGAAUCAUGUACUUAUAUCUUAACCAUGAGGUUACUGUACAAUAAAUAGGAUGCAUUGUUUCAUCAUACAACAUUGAUGUUUAAAUUUAAAUCAUAAUCUUUGUUUUACAUUUGUAUUAAGAGAUUGUAAGUAGACAAAAUCGGUAUAUUGAAAAUUAUGUUUUUUUUUUUUGUUUUUAAUUCAUUAGUUAUAAAGAAAUAACUAUUUUUAAUCAAAUUUAUAUUUUGGGUUGUACCUGUAUAAUGUAUUAUAGUAAGUGAAUUUUCCAAGAUUAUUGAUUUUUUAUUUUUAUUAUUAAUAUAUAAUUUUGUUACCUAUAUAAUGUUACCUGCCAUUCAUUUUGUAUUAUAUACAAUUUGUAUACUUUUACACUUAAAUAAAAUAAUAGGUAAUAUAGAUAAGUAUUUUGAUGUACCAAUUAUAGGACAUUUUUUUUUAUUCUUAAUGUAUAAGUCCCUCUGUUUUCUCUAAUUAAUAUUAUUAAACAAACUAUAGAAUAGUGUAUUUAUGCCUAAUAGCUUGUUAUACAUUUGAAAGUUAAAAUGCUCAAGAUAUUAAAUUAAUAUUGACUUAAACGUAUUUUAUACAUUACUGAAUUAGUCAUUAUAGUUUAAAAUAAAUGCUAUACAGCACCCACUAGACACAAGUCUCCUUUCUAACACCAAUAGUUGUCAUCUGACUUUCAAUAAGCAAUCAAAGGGUAAAUAGUAAAAUUUAUGAUAUUAUAUACUAUAUAGUCAAGCUCUUUUAUUCAUAAUAACUUUUCUUUUUAUCACAAAAUUAAUCAUAUAACUUACAAUUUUGAGUUUAGCAGUAAAUUGAUACUUGAACAUUUAACCUUCUUUGAAUGAACAUUUUUUUUUUUUUUAAUUUUUCUUUUCACACGGUUAUCAAAAUCUGAUCAUAUUAUUUGUUGCUUAUGUUUGUGAUUAAAAUGAAACAAACAAAUAUAUAAGAUAAAAUGUUUUAUUUCAUGUUUUCGGUUGUGAUUUUAACUAUUAUUUUUACUAUUUUUUAAGUACUCUUAAAAUAUCAUAAUUAAGCAUUUUUUAUAAGUAUAAAAUAAGGAUUUUAAUCUCCGAAAAAGAACAAGACUGUCUUAUCUUUUAGAGUUUUAUAUCUGUAUUUUUAACUGCUUUAGGAGCCUUAUACUAAUAAAUAGAGUAUCGCAGUAGUUCACACGAUUAAUAGUGGCUGAACACAUGUUAUUCUACACUUAUACUAAUGAAAAGGACAAACCAAGGUAACAAAAAGCAUAGAACAUAGUUACACCAAACACACCACUCACCAAAAUGCUCUAUCUAUUAGUAUAGUUCACUUUAGAUUAUGUUUUUAAUUAUACUUAUAUAAACCUAAUAUGAAUUAAUAUCAUUGUAAAAUGUUGUGGGCAAUGAGUGAUAUGUUAUUUUUGUUAUUUUGUUUUUAUUUUAGUGUGGCUAAUUAUUUAUUUUAAUUUUUAUGAACAUGGUUUGAUAUUUAUCAAAUAUUUUCAUCAACUAGUUUUAUUGAUGUUUACCUCUGUAUUAAUUAUGUUUAAAUGUUUUUUUUUCUUUUUUAAUGUUGAGUAGUGUUUGUGUAGGUACAAAAAACUAUUAAUACUAAUAAUUUAUUCUGUAGUUGAUUGUUUUAUGUUAAUGUGUGCAAUGACAUCAA